AUGUCCGACAUUGAGAAGUCCUUUACCUUCCUGCAGGAUAGCAUACCGCAAUGGCUGCAGGAUGUCGCUCAGGUAGCAGACAAGGUCACCGUCAUGCAGGAUCAAAUCACAAAGACAUCAGUGUCACAGUCGCCGUUCGCAAAGAGAAAAUCCGAGUCUACUGAGUCGAUACAGCCAGCAAGGCUAGACGCUAUUGCUGAAGAAAUCGCCCCGUCGAAUGGCGCCCAGCCAGAUCCUCUCGGAAAUCGCAAACGAAAGACGCUCUCCGUCCUGUCAGGUCGCGCAUCUGGCUCUUUGCGGUACCGUCCAAAGCAAAUGGUUGUCGUAAGCUAUGAUGGCGAUAUGCAAAAGUCGUUCGAGACGCUUGUACGGUCAAUAGGGACAGGGCGCAACAUGCUACGAAAGGCCAAGAUGGAGGCCAAGAUGAACGAACUGGCUGCAUUAGCAGGAGCCUCAAGUGAUGACGAAGAGGAAGCUGACGAGGAAGAGGAAGAAGCUAUCGUGUCGAAGAUCAGUUAUCGCCCACGUAUGUCAUCAAUGCGAGCACUGGCUACAGCAAGAAGAGGUGGCCGACUUGGCGUCAGCGGUGGUUCAACACCCGCUGAACUCUUCGACACUACAGAUAAGACACUGGAAAAUGCACAAGGCCUAUGUGAGAAAGCAGCGCAUCUCACGCUGAGGGAUGGCGACUGCAGGAAAGAGCUGGACGUUGUUCGUAAGAAUUUUGACGACAUUCUCGAAAUCGCGAAGACUGAAGUCAUGAAAUGCAACGCAAGGAAAUCGCAAGAGCCACAAGAAGUCCAGGCACAGGAUAAUUUGGAUACCUCUGUUUCCUCAAUCGACUCCUCGUAUAGGAAGCACUUCCCGUCCAUGUCGAUACCGCCCCCUAAGCAUCAACCCCAGGCCCGGCCGAAGGUCAUGCUUCCUGAUAAGCCUAUCACAAUGGCAUCUCCAGCACCGAAGAUCAUAGAUAUCGAGGUAGAUGAUGACGAAGAGGAUGAAGAUGUCAACUUUGUCAUGCCGUCUGUCCGAUUGACGUCCCAGCUAACGGCUAGGGCCUAA